UUCGGGAUCUUUCCCUUUUGGUUUGUUCGGCUCUUGGAAACAUUGCCCGCUAAUCGUCAGCUGGUGAACUUGAAAAGUUUGCCCUCGGCUUUGUGUGGAUGCCAAAAAGAUGUUCGUCCUUUCCGCAUUCUUCCCUGCGUCCACGUGAUGUGUAGAGUGUUGGACAGAAAUCGCGUGUGUUGAUUCUACAAUUUUAAAAUGCUUUUUAGUUUUAAAUUCUAUUGAAUUGGUGACUGCCGAAUUGAGGUUACACGUGCAAUCCUUUUUUGUAGUGAGGUAUUCAAAUCUAGUGUGCCUCAAGCCGUACUCAUUUUGUUUCACAAGAUUUCGGAGACGUGAUCUAGGAACUAUUAUCUAUUGCUCAGCGUACAAUUUUUUAUUUUCCUGCAGAAAUGCUAAUGGCAUUCGUUGUUUGUGAAUAAAUACGUCGUUCCGCUUAUCAAUUUAUGACCAAAUGGACUUUUCUCUCUUUGAACUGAGUAUUACAAUAAUGCUCUAUACUUAACCGGUAUUUCUGAGUUUGCAAAUGCGAUUACUUCAAGCAUCGCUAAGGCGAGACACUAAUUUCGUACAAGCUUGGAGGUCCGGAACCGUGUUUAUAUGUCACUGUCAUGUCUCGAAUCGCGCCAUUUUCAUUAAUGGCAGGUUGUUUAUACAGUUGAAAGUCGACCUUUUUAUUUUCCUAUACUCAUUCCGAACUGGAUUGACUCUUGUGGUUUUAUUCUCAAUUUUAUGCUAUUUUAUUUGGUGUGUUUGUCAAACUGGAGAACGGAGAUGCGUGAACACCUUGAGGUUUUUAAACUCAUCUCUGAAUCGGAGCAAUGGACCCAGCUCUCUUCUCAGCUGGUAAUCUGUUCGCUGGUGACUCGGAUUCAGAUGAUUCUGCUGAUUCAGCUGGUGAUAGUGCGUUUGUCGAAAGAGAUCAUGAAUUUCAUGGCAUGACACUGAAGAUUCGGGAAUUUUCUUUCCACCAAGUUAAUGCCAAUUUAUUGUGGCCUGGAACUUGUAUUUUUGCGGAAUGGCUGAUCAAGCAUUCAACCCUGCUUUCUGGCCGUCGAAUUUUGGAACUUGGAAGUGGAACUGGGGCGCUAACCAUUUUUUUGAGGAAGACUUACGACCUCGACAUCACCACCUCCGACUAUGAUGAUGAGGACAUAGAAAGAAAUAUUCACUGCAACCAUAGAGCCAACGACGUAUCGGUCUCUCCUCACAUUCGCCAUACAUGGGGCGACAAAUUUCCAAUCGAAUGUCCAGAUUGGGACUUGAUAAUUGCGAGUGAUAUCCUGCUUUAUGUAAAGCAAUACGCAAAUCUCGUGAAGACACUGGUCUUUUUACUACAAACAUGGAAACCAAAGGCAGUUGGAGUGGAAGACCUAUCACCUGAUUCAAGUGGAACUACCGAUGGCGUUCCACACGCCCGUCACCAUCUUGAUUUAAAUUUGGGAGAAGAAAUGCUGAACGAUAGAAGGAAUAAUGUAACCAAUGUGCCUUUGUUUCUCCCUAAACCAUGCUUCCUUAUGAGUUGGAGAAGGCGAAUACCCAAAGAUGAUGAAGAUCAAUUCUUUCAUGGGUGUAGAGCUGCAGGUUUGUGUGUAGCUGAUUACGGGGCACGGGUUUACUGCAUCUACCCACGGCACGAAGUAGAAUAAAUUUUCAUGGUUUGGUCACUUAGACGUGUAUGAGAGAUGUUCAUUUCACGUUUCGUCUCACCUUUUGCAGUUUUCCAUAACAUGUAGGAGCUAUAUUUAUGUGGGCACUUGAGACCUUACUGCAGCUUUAGUAGUGAAGGUUUAUUACAUUUCAGGGCAUGUCAUUAUGAUCGAGAAAACGUUUUAUGAAUGUGAUCGUCCCUAACGGAGACAUCACCUUUUUGAGAUGGUCUACUAAAUAUCAUGACGUGUUUAUUA